AUGCCAAAAUCAAAGGAACUUGUUCCUUCAAGCUCAUCAGGCAGUGAUUGUUACAGUGAAGUUGACAAAAAGUUAAAAAGGAAAAAGCAAGUUGCUCCAGAAAAACCUUUAAAGAAACAAAAGACUGGAGGAACUUCUAGAGCUCUGUCAUCUUCCAAACAGAGCAGUAACAGCAGAGAUGACAACAUGUUUCAGACUGAGCAAAUGAGGGACGUUAGUGUUCCGGACUUUAAAGGGAAAGUUCUAAUUGAUAUUAGAGAAUAUUGGUUGGAUCCAGAAGGUGAAAUGAAACCAGGAACAAAAGGUAUUUCUUUAAAUCCGGAGCAAUGGAGCCAGCUAAAAGAACAAAUUUCUGACAUUGACAAUGCAGUAAGAAAACUGUAA